AUGGUUACUAUAAAGAAAAGACUUAUGAUUCACUGGUGGAUUGGAGCUAGAAUUGCAUCCCCAAUUGUAAUGGAUCAAAAAACAAAAAAACAAAUUGCGUUGGAGAAGACGGCAGAGGAUUUUGGCUAUGAGUUCUUGGAUGACCUUACUGAAAGGGGCUUCAUCGAGCCUAUCUAUAAAAAUUGUGGCUUGCUCAUCGAUAGCUAUAGGAUGCACUCCAACAUACAUUCUACUGUAAACAAGUUUUGCUUUAUAUCAGUGUGUACUCUGGAUUCAGAUACUCAAAUUGAUAAUCCAUAUGAUCACUAUUAUAGUCAAUGCUUCCUCAACUUUGCUGAGGCUAUUGUUGAUAGCAAGUUUGAACGAUUUUCAAAGUUCGCCCAUUUCAAUCCUUCAGGAAUUUCUUUGAUUACAGAGCUUCCGCAGUUCAUUUCACAACUGACUAAUCUUGAGAUUCUUGAUCUCAAAACGUGUCGCAAUCUUGAGGUGGUUCCAGAUUGGAUUGGCUUGCUUAAGAGUUUGACACACUUGGACAUAUCUGAGUGUUACCUUUUAGAUUACAUGCCCAAGGGGCUUAGUGCACUAUUUAAACUCCAAGUCCUUAAGGGAUUUAUUAUUGGAGAUUCCAAAGACAAAAAGUCAUGUACUAUUAAUGAUUUGACAAAAUUGCCAAAGUUGCGAAAAUUGAGCAUAUCUAUGACUAUGAAAAAAUUUCCAACAGAUCUACAACUUUGUCAUUUACAAGGAUUAAAAUCCCUACAGAAGUUGAAAAUAUCUUGGUCUAGAUGCAUUUUGCAAAGUAAAAUUGAUGAUUCACCUAAGCAAACACAACUAUUUGCCAAGCGGACAACACUCACAAGAUCAUUCACUAAGCAGCAUGAUCCAGAACUUCCUCACCAAUUGGAACUUCCUUCAUCGUUGCAAAAACUAGAGCUUGAGUGUUUCCCUGAGAUAACUACACCCAGUUGGUUGUGGACCGACAAUUUGAAGAACUUGAAGAAACUUUAUAUCAGAGGAGGACUAUUGUGUAACCUUGACGAAAUAGUAGCUACCACGGUAGAAAUUUUACAAUUAAAGUACUUGAGUAACUUAGAAAUGCCUUGGAAAGACAUUAUGAUGUUAUUUUCCAAUUUGAUUUACUUGGAAAAAGUAGAAUGUCCCGGCCUUAAUUCCUUCUCGUGUGAUCAGAAUGGUGUUUGGAUGAGCAAACACAACAUCAAGAAAUAA